AGACAUGGGAACAACACAAGUCACAACAAUUGACAGCAUCCUCAUGAUGACCCUUGAAUUGGAAAAACUGAUCUUACCUAGCCAUAUGGCCGGCUGCCUCUGCCAAUUUAAAAAUACUAUUGAGGUUGUCUGUAAGACAGUAAAGCUGCAUUGUGACAGUGAGUGCCUGACAGACAUCACACGUUGUGAUGAAGAAACAUCUAUAAGGAAUGCCGGAGGAUCGUUGAUGAAGGUGUUAGAAGCCCGGAAGAAGAAAAACAGCACCGAGCUGACUAUUGAGUCAGAGAGGGCAUCCUCAGAUAAAAAUGCUGUCAGCUUGUCAGGCUUCAUGAAUGAGCAGCUGGAGUUUAAUAAUAACAGUGAUAUUAUCAGUGCACUAAGUUACAUACUGCCUAAUAUCUCAGAGGGAAAUCUAGGAGACAUGGAAUCCACAUUAUUACCAUUCAUUCAACUUCUUUUUUCAAAUACACAAGAUGGAGAUAUGCCGCUGGGUCUUUUGAAAAACAAUAUAAGGAGCCCUUCUGUUAAACCUGUAUGCAACAAUUCAACUAAUAAAAAUAAAUUGAGGAAACUCCAUUUUCUGGAAAAUUUUUAGAUGCAGAAACUCAAGAAAAAAUUGGUGAGGUUAAAGGAAGAAGAACUUGCCAAGCGUACUCGUUCCAACCUUUCAAGUGCCAUGUUUAAAUGCUACAUAUUUCAAAAGAUAUUGGAAACUGCCCAACCACAGAAAGACAGCCUAGAAAAGAUUGAGAGUACAGAGGAAAAGCUGCUGAGAGUGAACAGGGUCCUCAAGGGCCCAAGGGGCCUACAGAAAAUGCACCUCAAAGCAGUGGGAGAUGAGAGCGUCAGGAAGAAACAGAAUGCCCAGCCAUCUGUGGCGAAUACUGCCAAAGGAAGGCUCAGGAGACCAUCCCCAAGAAAGCUGAAACAGUUUCUCAUGGUGCCGAGGCCCAGGAAGCUGGUGGAAAAGUCCUCCAAUGUAGAGUCUUCAUUCAUAAAGGAACCCAAGGCAGCAGGCUCCUCUUCCCUGAAACAGUACUUCAAUGGCAGGCCUUCUGCCUCCAUCCCUCCAAAAUCCCCAUCACAGGUUAAAAGCAAAUCAAAAGACUUAUCCAACACUUUUUUUGUUUUAGAAGCUGCAAAGUCUAGAGUUAGAAAUAUCAAGGCUCCUGAACUAAUCUCACAUUCUGGGAAAAAAUACAUCUUCCACAAAACUCGGUCUCAUCGGGUCCACAGAAAACCCAAAGUCAAAAGGAGUCGAAAGUUCAGAAAGAAAAUUUCACUCAACAGAAUGAUGCAUGCAAACUUUCCGUUCUCUGUAGUGAUGAGUCUCAUAAAUUCCCCUCCACGAGAGGCUGUUUCAACUUCAGGAGAUGUGACUUCUUAGGAAAAUCCUUUUCCAGAAUUAUUUUCUCUUUCAGACCCUUCUACAGAAAACACUACUUCAGAAAACAAUACUGCACAAAAUGUUUCUGAAGAAAUUAUUUCUACAGGAAACUCUACUCUGCCAGGAGGAACCGGACCUGGAAACACUACCCAUAGGAAUGUCUCCACCGCACAUUCUACUGUUGCUGCAGACAACAGUAUGGCAACUGUUCAACACACCAGCGAAACACAUUGGGAGUACCACAACACGGGCACUGAAUUCUCCUCUAAGCCCUCAGGCUUCACUUUCCCAGGGCUCACAUCCCCGGCUGAUCAAGUUGAAACUCAGCUAAACCAGCAGCUAUGUUCCCUCAUCCCCAACAAUGACGUGCAAAGGCUCAUUCCUCUAGUUAUCCAGACUUUUAAAAUGGACUGCUCACAGACCCACGUGCAGCUGGGCUGUGCCAACCUUAUCUCUAGAGCAGGCCUCCUGAUGAAUCUUCUCAGCAAGCAGCAAGAAGUAAAUGUGUCCAAAGCAGAAUGGCAUAGGGACCAGUGGAAAGCUGACAACUAUACCAGUGAGAGCACAGAAGCCCAGAGUGAGCAGAAAGAGCAGGAGUCAAGUGAGCUCACAAAAGAAGUUCCAGGUUAUGGCUAUAACAACAAACUCAUCUUGGCAAUAUCUGUAACUCUAGUAGUGACGAUUUUGGCUACAACUCUCUGUCUCAUUGAGAUUUAUUCUCAUAGAAUUGCAAAAGAGGAAGAUAAAAAAAGAAGCAGAAGGGUCAUUAUCAUUCCUCCUGAAAAGGAAGGUAACCCAGAAGCUUGCUAUUCAGAAGGCUAUGACAGAUGCAUUCCAGAAACUGCCGAUUGUGGUUUUAGGUCAGCUACUUUUCCUGUCAGCUGUGUGGCCAAAGGGAGGAAGAAUGUCUCUCAGACUUCAGCUUUGAGGAGGAAGAGUUCAGAUUGCCAGAACUGAACUAGCACUUUUGAAUUUCCCAAAAUGCCAGAUGUUGGCCCCGCCUCAUCAAGAGUUGACUGAGACUGAGGUUCCAUACCCGGACACGGAUUCGGUUGGAGAGCUGCCUACAGGGCCAGAUCAGUUUGCUGUUCCACAUCAGGAUCUGAAUAACAAGCAAACCCAACAUCAAAGCUCCCAGAGGCAGUUCCAGUGCUAGAUUGGAAUCAGAAUCAACCCAUGGUUCUGCCUUCUCGACACAAAACACCCAUUUUGUGUCCAACCCAGGGCUAAGUACUGUGGGAGCCACAGAAGUACAUGGUACUGUCUCCAGAACAUGACAAGGACAAGUGAGAAGAAAGGGGAUAUGUCUUAAAAGUCAGGAUAUGAACUGUGUUUCGUCACAGAAAUUUCCACGGAAACUCUGUAUCUUACAUUGAUGAAAGUAUAUAGAAGGCAUACCGCUGGGCUGAGAAGCUAAUUCUCAGUGAAAAUUAUUUGACUGAAUUACAUAAGGACUCACUUGAAGGCUUGCUAUCCCUCCAAUUUUUAGAUUUAUCCUGCAAUAAAAUACAGUCUAUCGAAAGACAUACAUUUGAACCACUACCUUUUUUGCAGUUUAUGAAACUGCAGCAUCUUCUGCGUUCCUACCAGCUCCUUGAAGAGGUCUCUGGCACGGAAGGGCAGUGGGUAUUGAGGUGUCUCUCCUGAGGAAGAAAACUGGGUCCCUUAUUGAAAAGGGGAAAAGGUGCCUACGCUUGCACCAUGACAUGCCAGGUUCUGUGCCAGGCCCUGCUGCAGGUGCUGGGCAUAAACAGCAAACAAGACAGACGUGGACCCUGAGCUCUUGGUGGUGACACCCAACAAGAGAAAACAGACACACGGCACCUGUUCACAUCACUCCAGCUGCCUCCGGCUUGGACGAGUCACUGUCGUUGUCACUUCUCCCUAGACCGCCAGGACAGCCUCAUACAAGUCUCUUUCUCACUGCACCCUCUCACAGCUCCGGAGCGUCUUUUGGUCUUUUAAAAGUGGAAGUGUGCUCCUGCCACUUCUAUGGAAAGCUUUUACGCUCAUUUCACUUAGAAUAAAAUUUAAGGCCCCCAACUGGGCCUGUGAGCCCCUUACAAUCUACUCUUUGCUCACCUCUCCAGUGUCAACUCUGCCUUGGGCUGCAGACGCCCUGACCUUCAGUCAAAUUUUUAUUCUUGGCUUUUCUUUUUCUUUCCAGAGAGGCCUCCUCAAUCUAAAUUAGGGGCCACAAUUACACUCUCUUUUACUACCCUAUCCUUUUCCUUCACUGCACUUACCAUAAUUUACAAUAAGAUACUAAUUAGAAUGAUGAUGUCUGACCUACUUGCCUGCACACGCUGUGAGGAAAGGGAUGAGGAUUGUUUUGUUCAAUAGCCUUAAACAGAGCCUGGCACACAGUAGUCACCAAUAUUUAUUGAAUGACAGACUGACUUAAAGAACGACACUCUACUCUGCCAUCCAAUACGCUAACCACUGGCCACAUGUGGUUACUUAAAUUUAAAUUAAUUUAAAUGAAAUAAAAUUUAAAAUUCAGUUCCUCAGACACACUGGCCACAUUUCAAGUGCUCAGAAGCCACUUGUGGCUACUGGCUACGGUGUUGGACAGUGCAGACCGUUUCCACCACUGCAGAAUGUCUUACUGGACUGUGUUGUUAGUAAGUAUGAAUAUCGGUCCAUUCACUCCCUUCUUAGGUGGCUAAGAAAUGUAAUUUCACUUUUUAUGACUGAAUUUACUUUCAAUUUCAAGGCCCUGUUCUGCUGGGCUAGGGACACUUACCGGUCUAUUUGAGGUCCCUCUCCUUUUCCUGUGGUGGGACAAAUUCUAGGAGCCUUAUGUCAUGCCAAGGUCUCAGGCGGGGACUUAGUACCAGCCAUCCUGUUAUUCCCAGGACAUCCUCCUCCUCAUCCCAGCAUUAGCCUAUGAAGGACAAGAGAGCUGAAAAGUCUUAUAAUGAGAAGGAGCAACUCUGGCCUUCCCUCCCCCUCCUCUACUCCUUCUCAUUCCCCAGAGGCAUCCCUUUCAAUUUUUAAAAGCUAUUUCUCCAGGUUCAUAAAUAAUAUGUGUCUAUGGCUCUCUUUUAAUUUGUCCACUUCAGACAUUCUCUGCUUAAUUCCUGUUCUGGCAGAGGAGAAGUUUUUUGUUUGUUCACCCGCUUCAACCCUUUCAUCCUUUCAAUUCGGUUAUAAUAUAGCUUUUGACAAUACAAAGUGUUUUAUUAUUAUAAGUAUACUAUUAUUGUUCACUAUUGAAUGCACUAUGAUCCUAUGUCUGUUCUUGAACAACUCGUUUAAAAAGUUAAUAAUUGUGACAUUUUAUUUGUUUUCUUG